AUGGCAGAGUCUCAUGAAAAGGAUAAUGUAGAGCUUGCCUCUUCUCCAGAAAAAGCAGAUACUGCUUCUCCUACCUCGAGCACACUCGCCAACGAACAUGAUAGCAUCAACGAGAAGGCUCUGUUACGGAAACUGGAUAUGCGACUGCUUCCACCAUUGACAAUACUGUAUCUCCUGUCGUUCUUAGAUCGUAGCAAUGUUGGCAAUGCUCGUCUCGAAGGCUUGACCACUGAUAUCAACAUGACUGGGAACCAGUACUUAACAGGGCUGACUCUAUACUUCAUUGGUUACGUUCUAUUUGAAAUUCCCUGCAACAUCGUGUUGAAAAAAUCCACUCCUCGGAUCUGGCUGCCAACUCUCACUUUGGUCUGGGGUAUCGUUGCAACCCUCCUGGGUGUUGUGCAAAAUUACGCUGGUUAUUUAGUUUCAAGAACAGCGCUCGGUAUUGCAGAAAGUGGGCUCUUUCCUGGGGUUGUCUUUUAUAUGUCCAUGUGGUACAAAAGGAAUGAGCAGCACUAUCGGGUAGCAUUGUUCUUUAGUGCUGCAUCGCUAGCGGGUGCGUUUGGUGGAGUCCUGGCUUGGGGUAUAGCACACAUGCGAGGUAUUGGUGGGUAUAAUGGCUGGAGGUGGAUCUUCAUCUUAGAAGGAUUAGCAACAGUCAUCAUGUCUAUAAUUGCUUACUUCUGGGUUUAUAACUACCCCUCAACUGCCGAAUUUUUGUCCGAGAAAGAGAGAGCUUUUGUACAGUUCCGACUGAAAAACGACAAUGACUCGAUGCGUGAUGAGAAGUUCUCAUGGCCUGGCGUUUUGGACGCAUUCAAAGAUCCAAAGGUCUGGUUAUACGGACUUGGCUUCCACACAAUGUCACUUCCAAUGUAUACACUGUCUCUUUUUUUGCCCACUAUUAUCAAGGAGCUUGGGUACACCGCUGCUGAAGCUCAGCUUCUCUCCGUUCCUCCUUAUGCCGUAGCAUUCGUCCUCACAAUCACUGUUGCCGUCUUCUCUGAACGUUCUCGCCGUCGGGCGCCGUUCAUAAUGGGAUCUACCGCACUCGCUUGUAUCGGCUAUAUCAUCCUUUUGACGGACCAUCGACCGGGGGUAUCUUACGUGGGAACUAUCUUUGCCGCGGCCGGAAUCUACCCCGCCGUGGCUAUUGUACUCUCAUGGCCAGCCAACAACGUAUCUGGACAGACAAAGCGGGCUAUCGCCAAUGCUAUGCAAAUUUCAAUCGGGAACCUCGGAGCUGUUCUGGGGACGCAGCUUUACCGGACCGAGACUAGCCCCCGGUAUUAUCUCGGUCACGGAUUCUCGUUGGGGUACCUCGUUGCGAACAUCAUCGUUGUUGGCGUUCUAUGGCAGGUACUGAAUCGCGAGAAUAUUCAGAAAGCCGAAGUGAGAGAAAGAGAGGGGCUAGAAAGCCUUAUAGGAGAUGUCGGAAUUUCGGACGGGGAAUUUCAAGGGGAUAAAGACCCUCGGUGGGUUUUCCAGACUUGAGGAAGCAUAUUGAUGAAAGGAUUUCUCGGCUUUGGGGACGAUUGUAUGAUGCCGGUGUACAUAGAGCACCUUCAAAUCAUUUGCUAAUAAUACUACUAGUAACGCC